AUGGAUUACGCUUCAGUGUUGUCCAGUCCCACCUAUCUGUUGGGAACCAUAGCUCUCAUUCUGGUUCUGUGGUUGAUAAACAACAGCCUCAGAGCUGGGGAUUUGAGGAAAGAGCCUCCAGGACCCAGGCCAUGGCCCCUGCUUGGCAACCUGCCACAGCUUGAUCUGAAUAGACCACAUGUCUCUCUUCAUGAGAUGUCAAAGAAAUAUGGGAACAUCUUCACAAUCUACUUUGGACCCAACAAAGCUGUGGUCCUAGCCGGAUUUAAGACGGUCAAAGAUGCCCUGGUUGGGUUUCCGGAAGAAUUUGGUGACAGAGAUUGCCCUCCAAUCUUUCAGGACCUCACUCAGGGUCACGGGAUUCUUUUUUCCAAUGGAGAAAUAUGGAGAGAGAUGAGAAGGUUUGCACUCACCACACUGAGGGACUUUGGAAUGGGCAAAAGACUGGCAGAGGAAAAAAUCACUGAAGAGUGUCACUAUCUGGUUGAAGAGUUUGAAAAGCAUAAAGGGAAACCUUUUGAUACAACACGGGCUGUCAACCAUGCCACAUCAAACAUCAUCUCAUCAAUUGUGUACGGAAGUAGGUUUCAAUAUACCGAUCUAAGAUUUAAAAACCUAGUGGCAAGAGCCAAUGAAAACAUUCGGCUUUCUGCUUCUGUACCAAUACAGCUAUACAAUAUGUUUCCCAGGCUGUUCUGUUGGGGAAAUAACCGAAAACAGAUGUUGUCCAAUGCAGACAAGACAAUUAGUGAUGUCCAUAAAUUAAUCACUAGUUUAAAUGCAACAUUAAACCCUGAGUCAUCUCGCGGUUUUAUCGAUUGCUUUCUGAUGCGCAAGAAAAAAGAUGAGGAUCUGCAGAAUCAGAAUACAUAUUUCCAUGAGAAAAAUCUGACCAUAUCUGUAACCAACCUGUUUGCUGCUGGCACAGACACUACUGCGGCAACACUCAGAUGGGGACUACUCUGUAUGAUCAAAUAUCCACACAUUCAGGAGCAAGUCCACCAAGAGCUAAAGAGAGAAGUUGGAUGUCGCAGAAUCAGCGUAGACGACCGGAAAAACCUACCAUUCACUAAUGCAGUCAUACAUGAGACUCUGAGGUUUUCCAACAUUUUGCCUCUGUCUCUUCCUCACAAAACUAGCAAAGAUUUUACCUUUCAUGGCUACUUCAUGAAAAAGGAUACGGUUGUAAUUCCACUCCUGGCUUCGGUGCUGUAUGAUGAGAAUGAAUGGGAAAGCCCUUACACUUUCAAUCCUUCUCAUUUCUUGAACGAAGAGGGUAAAUUCAUCAAGAAAGAUGCUUUUCUUCCCUUCUCUGCAGGUCGUCGAGCAUGUCUGGGAGAGGGACUGGCCAAGAUGGAGUUGUUCCUCAUCUUUGCGACCCUUCUUCAGCGCUUUCACUUCACUCCGGCUCCUGGAGUUAGAGAAGAGGACCUACUGUUGACUCCUUCUUUGGGCUUCACUCUUACCCCAUCACAACAUAAGCUGUGUGCAACUGUUCGCUCUUAA